AUGGCGAAAGGGAAAGGCAAGCGCCAAUCGGGCGCAAAUGAGACUCUUGCUGAUGCAGGUGUCUCUGUUUCCAAACCCGAAUCCGCCCCCGAAAUCGAGAUGCCUCAGCUAGACGAGGGCGCCUUCGCUGGCCUCCGACAGAAGAUCGAGCAAAGAUUGAAGGAUCAGAGCUCUGGCAAGGGAAAGAAGAAGAACGACAAGUCAAAUGCUCCCGCCCAGAAGAUUCCCGCGACGAAAGAGAAGCAGGAUACCCCCAAGGCCGGCAAGAAGCAAGAAGGCUCUGCCCAGGGCAAGAAGCGGGAUCGCAACGGCGAUGUGAUUGCCAGAGACGAGAAGAAGGGAGGAAAGAGCAAGCAGGAGAAGCCUGGCUUGGGUGCGAACAAGAGUAACAGUGAUGAUACUUUGCGCCAGGAGAUUUUGGCACUGGGCGGUACUGAGGAGGACCUUGAACUACUUGCCGAUGUCGACUCGGAAUCCGAAGUUGAAGGCACAUCUUACAAGCCCAAGGCUAAGGGUGGUGACGAUGAUCUACGCAAGGAGCUCUCCAAGAUGCUAGAAGCUGCGGGCCACGUUGUCCCAGAGGACCUAGCAGAGGAUGAAGUGGAGGAAGAAGCCGAGGCCGAGGAUGACUUGGAGGAGGAAGAAGAAGCCCAAGACGAAGGGUCUGAGGGCGAUAGCGAAGAGACCAGCGAACCCGAGGACGAUGAUUCUGAAGCCUCCGACGUUGAGGAAGCACCCCCAGCUCCCAAAGAGGUCAAAAAGAAGGAGCCUGAAGUUGUCAUUCCCAAGGAAUUUGCAAAGCUUGCCGUUCUCCCUCGUUCCGAUUGGUAUGCCAUUCCCCUGUCUCCAGUUGGCAGUGCAAAGGAAAUGAACGCGCUUCCCCGUCACCUAAUCGACCGAAUCCACGAGCUCGCCAAUUCCCUUCUCCAGGCGGAAAAUGACGAAUACGCCAAAGCUCAGCAGGCAUCCGCCUCUUCAUCGCACAAGUUCUACACGACCAUUAUGUCUUCCGGUACCCUGAGCGAUAAGAUCUCGGCUCUUACUCUUGCCGUACAAGAGUCGCCUCUACACAACACCAAGUCUCUCGAGACUCUCAUCGGACUGGGAGGCAAGCGCAGCCGUGCCCAGGCUGUUGAGGUUCUUCGGUCUCUGAAGGAUAUGUUCGCCCAGGGUACUCUGCUGCCCGCGGAUCGUCGCUUGAAGUCAUUUGCCAACCAGCCUGGUCUUGUUGCUGCAUUCCAGGGCGCUGGUGGACGAUGGACGGAGCGCGAUCCGCUCCCAGGUGGUCUACAGAAGAGCCAUCUGAUUGUGUGGGCGUUUGAGGAUUUCCUCAAGGAGCAGUACUUUGAGAUUCUCAAGAUUUUGGAGGUCUGGUGCAAUGACGAGAUUGAAUUCUCGCGAUCUCGCGCUGUCAGCUAUGUCUACGAGCUACUCAAGGAGAAGCCCGAGCAAGAGGCAAACUUGCUCCGCCUUCUCGUGAACAAGCUUGGUGACCCCGGAAAGAAGAUUGCUUCGCGUGCUUCUUACCUCCUGUUGCAGCUUGAGCAGACACACCCUAUGAUGAAGCCUCUUAUCAUCAAGGCUGUUGAGGAGUUGCUGUUCCGGCCUGGCCAGAGCCAGCACGCCAAGUAUUACGCUAUCAUCACUCUCAACCAGACUGUUCUCAGCUUGAAAGAGGAGAAGGUUGCCAUGCAGCUGCUGGACAUCUACUUCGGCAUGUUCGUCACCCUUCUGAAGCCCGCUCAGCCCGAUAAGCCGGGUCCGAAGGGCAAGCCCCACGGCAAGAAGGGCCCGAAGGGCAAGGGCCGCAACCAGCCCGCCAAGGGAGAAGCACAAGAUGAUGAGAUGCGUGAGAAAUUGACCUCUGGUGUCUUGACCGGUGUCAACCGUGCCUAUCCCUUCACUGACGCCGACUCCGACCGCCUCUCGAAACACAUCGAUACCCUCUUCCGCAUCACCCACUCAUCAAACUUCAACACUAGUAUUCAGGCUCUCAUGCUCAUCCAGCAGCUCACUGGAUCAACCCAAGUCGCCAGCGAUCGCUUCUACCGGACGCUGUACGAAUCUCUCUUGGAUCCUCGUGUUGCCACCUCAUCAAAGCAGUCUCUCUACUUGAACCUCUUGUUCAAGGCACUGAAGAACGAUCUGAACGUCCGCCGGGUAAAGGCCUUUGUUAAGCGUAUCGUUCAGGUGCUCGGAAUGCACCAGCCUGCGUUCAUCUGCGGUGUCUUCUACCUGGUCCGCGAGCUGGAGAAGACCUUCACUGGCCUUCAGUCUCUGUUUGACCAGCCGGAGGACAAUGAGAGCGAUGGCGAAGAGGUCUUCCGCGACGUGCCCGAUGAGGAUGAUGAGGAACCCGCCCCCGCCCCCGUCGAGACCAAGCCGAAGCAGAACAACGGAUACGAUCCUCGCAAGCGUGAUCCGGAGCACAGCAACGCCGACAAGACCUGUCUCUGGGAAUUGCUUCCCUACGUGUCCCACUUCCACCCCUCCGUCUCUGUCAAUGCCUCCCGUCUCUUGGAGCAUGAGGCCAUGAGCGGCAAGCCUGACAUGACCAUCCACACUCUUACGCACUUCCUUGACCGCUUCGUCUACCGUACUCCCAAGGCCAACGCUACCUCUCGUGGUGCCUCGAUCAUGCAGCCUCUCGCUGGUGGCGAGGCUCAAGAUCGCCUCGUGGAGGCCGGCAAGUCUGCGGUGCAGGGCCAGCCUCUCAACUCAGAGAACUUCUGGAAGAAGAAGGCCGACGAGGUCGCUGCAGAGGAUGUCUUCUUCCACGAGUACUUCAACCGUGUUAACAAGGACAAGACCAAGGCCAAGAAGGGCAAGGAUGCAGAGGACGGUGCCGACGAGGAUGCCGCCGAUCUCAGCGACAACGAGUCCGAGAUUUGGAAGGCUCUUGUCGACUCCCGGCCUGAGCUGGAGGCUGAUGAUGACGAUGACGAUGAUCUGGAUAUGGAUGAUCUGGACUCUGAAUUUGACGAUGAUGAGGAUGAAGAUGAAGAUGAAGAGGGCGAGGAAGCCGCAGGUGGCGACGACGAGGUCAUCUUCAACGACGAGUCGGACGUCCCAUCCGAUGAGGAUAUGGACGAUGCCAGCGACUUCGGUUUCGAGGAGGAGGAAGAGGAAGUUGCUCCUCCGCCGUCGAAGAAGGCUGCCAAGAAGGCCGCCAAGGUGGAGAAGGAAGAGGAAUCGGACGAUUUCGACAUGGACGUGUCGGACGACGAGGCCUUCUUCAACAGCGACGACGACCUGCCUUCCGACAUGGAGCUCGGUGGUGUGGAAUUGGAGCCCAAGGCCGAUGCCUCGGACAACAAGAAGAAGCGGCGCAAGCUCAAGCACCUGCCUACGUUUGCUUCUGCGGACGACUAUGCGGCGCUGCUGGCGGACGAGGACGAUGGUAUGUAG